GGAGAGGAAGUGAAGAAUCCCGGUAAGGCCAUUCCGAUCGGUAUAAUUGGCUGUCUACUCAUCUGUUUCCUGGCCUACUCUAGCGUAUCCGCCAUUCUUACUCUACUGAUGCCCUACUACAUGAUCAAUACACUUGCUCCUUUGCCCCACGCCUUUGAUUAUGUUGGAUGGCACUGGGCCAAAUACGCUAUUACCAUUGGAGCACUGUGUGCCCUGUCAACCAGUCUUCUUCGUGGUCAUGCCAUCCUUGACCUUGGGCCACAUUUUGAGCAAUCUAACUUAAAGUUAGCCACAAUCAUCCCUCCAUCCAGCUACGCCCUUCAGGGUAUCGCAUUCUUUAUUCACCACUGA